AUAAACAUCUACGAAGACGGAAACCUCGAGUCUGUUUAAGAUACGCAUAUUGACUCACCGAUCGGAAAAGGAAGUCUGUGUAUCACUUUAAAACUACUUAAAAAAUAUAUAUACAUUAUCUAUUAUCUUCACUCUAAGUCGCGACUUUCGCCAUGUCGUCUGUCUUGUGGAAUACCAUUCUCUUCUACUGGAUCGUGUGCCAAACGUUGGGUUUCCCGCCAAAUGAUAUUCCUAAUGAAGCCAGAACUCAGUCGCACAAUUCUAUUACUUUGAAGGCCAUAUUUCGCACCACUGCUGUGUUUUUGGAAAAAUUUGCCCUUGGCUUAGUGAACAACUCAAAACUACCUCCUGCUCAAAACGUUCAGGCAUUUUUUGGCACAGAUCAAGAAUCCUAUUUAAACUACCUAAGAAUAAUCACCAGAAUCAUCGGCUAUGAGAAUGACAUCCAAAGAGAUUUUGCCAAUGUUUCAUUUUAUCAUGUUAAUGGCGAACAGAUUGCAAUUGCUCACAAUUACAUCCGCAAUCUAAGACAAACAAUAAAGGGUCUGUCCCGGAAUGCCACAACAGACGACAUCGAGCAGAUCAGAGAAAAGGUUGGAGCAGCUUUGUAUACAAUUCAGGAAUUCUACAGCAAUACGAACUGGGUAGAACUCCGUAGAAAUAGCAUUUAUCAGGAUUUCGGUCAAGAAGGCGUUACGUUGAUAGAGGUGGAAAACCUUCAAGAAAACACCUGUACAGACUGCGCAUAUCUAGAAGGACUUAUAAUAUGUGACAACAAUAUUGUUACCAACAAAUUGACAAGUGGCUACAAAUCAGGGCAAGAUGUUACAAAACCCGUCCGGCAAGGCAUAAGCGGGAAGUGCAGUCAUGGAUCUUCGAACGAUGACAGUCGCUUUAUGACGGCAACCGGUGGAAUUUACAAAGGAAGAUCUGUUCAGAGCGAAGCUCCCCGCAGUAUCCUGCAUGCAGCCGCGUCGGAAGCCGCCAUUAACGCUUCACAGUACUUUCUUAUCGGCCAAAGAGGAGGACUUUUAAGUCUCAUGGGUGAGGAAGUCUUCCGAGAUGUUUUUGGUUUACGGACCAGGGAAGAUAUAGUCAAAACGUCCUUGACCUUUGUUAUUGACGUCACAGGUUCCAUGGGGGAUGAAAUUGCAGCGCUGAUAAAAGUCACUCAGAAAAUCGUGUAUGAGGCAAACGACUCGCAGUCUGUGCCAGAAAAUUAUAUUCUCGUUACGUUUUCGGAUCCUGCAUCGCUGACUACCGGAAGACAAACCAAUGACCCAGAGGUCAUGCUAAAAUGGCUUAAGAAUCUUGGGGUAACGGGAGGUGGCGACUGCCCGGAAUAUGCUAUGACUGGAAUGUUGAAAGGAAUCGAAAUGUCCAACGCAAAUUCGAAAAUUUACCUUUGUACUGACGCUGACGCAAAAGACGAGUAUUUACAGAACCAAGUGAACGAGGGGUUGAGGGCGAAAUAUCUCACACCAGUGUUCCUCCUUACCGGACAAUGCUCUUUGAGGAGGAAAAGAGACAUAAUUGGUAAGCCGAAAUCCCAGAUACCACAAACUAUGCUACCGUUUGAAAACAAGCUUCUCCAUCGAGUGAAAAGAUCGAGUCUGCAGUUGUUUGAGGCGAUAGCAAAGGCAACUGGAGGAAGGAUAUAUGAAUUAAAUGUGACACAACUGGAGACAAUAGUGGAAAAAGAGAUCAAGGAUACUUUUCCGUCAUCCAAUGUCUUUAUCACGUGGUUUUUGAAACUUGCCAAUUCCGCACCAGUUAUGUUUAUUCCUGUCGACAAUCACAUGGAAACACUAAAGAUAGUUGCUAGGAUAGUCACAAGCCAGUUUGAAUUUACUCUUUCUUAUCCAAACGGUACAAAUGUUCUGUUUUCAUCUGAAAAGGAACUGCAAAAUAUUUCAGACAGCACUUUAACAAUAAAAAUCAAGGAUCCAGGUCCUGGGAUUUGGAAGUUCGAGAAGAAUACAUUAAGUGCAUGGAUAGUAAACGUUACAGCCCAAAGCCCAGUGGAUUUCUCUACCAUCAUUUUGGAACCCAGUGCUGAUGGCAAUUUUUACCAGUUGUCCGGAAAUCCAAUCAAAGGAUACAACUAUAAAUUGGUGGUUGAUAUUAAGAAUUUGGACUUGAAUUCCUCUUGUACAAGUGUCGGUCUUUUGGAUAGUAAUGAGACUGAAGUGGCAGACGUUCCAGUAAAAAGAGUGGACAUUGCGGGUAUAACUCGUUGCAUUGGAGAGUUUGUUCCUCUCAAUAAGUCAAGUUACGCACAACUUAGAGGAACGGAUUCACUAGGUUAUGAGUUCCUAAGGACGCGCAUGUUUUCUAUACUACCAGCCUCCGUGCACCUGCGUGUUUAUCCUAUUCUCGGACAGUUACGUUUAAAUGGAAGUACUAAUAUAACCUUUACCCUUACAAACACUGGAGAUUCUACUGUGAUUUUCAUGAUCACUGUAUCUAAUGGUAAAACCAAUAUCACGGUACAACCAGGGAAUCUUAGUGCUGGAGAAAAAUACAGUGCUAUUGUCAUGGUAACACCAGAUUCAUUGCAGCCUGUAGUGUUGAUAUGGACCGUUACUCUGGAAAACUACACUGGGAUUAUCCAAACAGAAAAGAGGCGCUAUUCCGUGGCAGAUAGGGUAACAGCAGACUGUACAGUGCUAAAAUACCCAGACAGAUGUCCCGUGCAGUCCCUCAACACUGGGAACUGUUCCUCCUACAGGUGGACAGGACUGGUCGAGGUGUCAUCAGCAACUAUAUGGCUAUCAGAGAUCAGCGUAUCCAGUGAAGUAAUCCUGGAACAUAUAGACAUAUCAAAGGCACGCUUCUCCGUACCUAUAAAAAUAAGUGGCGCUUGUUGUAUCCAAGCAGUUGUUCUUACCAUUACGGACAACGAUGGUAAAUUCGAUCAAUGUAAUUUUAUCCUCUCCAAACAACCUCUUCUUGUUGUUCAAGAUACACCAACACAAGGCCUAGGUACAACUUAAAAACGGAUAGUGUCCGUUGUUUUGUUAAUAUUUUUUAUUUUGCUCAAAACGAUAAAAAGAUCUAAAACAAAUUAAUAUUACAUAUUAGACAAUAUAAAGUCGAUACAAUUCUAAAAAAAAAACCAAUGAAGACGAGCUCGUUAUCAUUUUUGGCUUCCCGGACAAAAUUCGGCAAGUCAUUUGAAUUUUUCGUGACCUUUCGCGUGAUCCAACCCGUUUAAUCCAUUGCACAUACCAUUUUCGGCUGGGGAUGAAAAUAUGUCUGAUGUGGCCUGCGCCAGUGAACGAGAUAGAAAACGAAUUUUAACAGACUCUGGACGAUAGAGAAGGAAAACGAAAGAAAUGCUGAAAUCAACAAAUCCAGAAUAAUUCCAGCGCUGGAAUAGUUUAAAAACGGCACUGAAACUUCAAACGCAUGCUGAAGUAGGCAAAAAUCUAUCUUGAUAGGUAGGCCUAAAUCAACAUUUUUAUUUGGUAUAUAAAAACUUUUAUCUGUAGGGAAAUAAUGUAUUGCAGGGUUUACCAAAGUCUAGUGAUCAUUAUGGCACCUGUAAUUUUUUUUUUUGAUUUUGCGAACUUAAAACAAAAACAACGUGCAUUACUCCUACUGUUUUUAGGCACCCGGUGUCGUGGGGCCUCCAACGGGGUUUUAAAAAAUAUUAAUGUUUUUAAGUUUUUGUUUUCAACGUUCAUAAAGGUAUUUUGUAUGGUUAUGGUUAUUGUUUUUAAAAAUAUGAAAGUAAUUUUUAUCCUAAGAGUAGCGAAAGAUAAGUAUAAUGAGAAUGGCUUUGUAGCACCUAAAGUCAAGAAACACACCAUGACCUCAACACCAGGACCAUGUGCUUCAACUCCUGCAAACUAUCAGAUAUCAGGAACAUGAGAAGUUUUGUCAACAGAGCCAUGUGAUAAGUAUGAAAUAACUCAUAACCACAAGUAACUGUAAGUUUUGUACAUUUGCAGUGUUUUCAAUAAGAUUGUAAAUAUACAGAAAUAUAUUGGAAUAGUAGGAAACCAUUAAUUCUUUAAAUUUUACUUUUGCAAACUGUAGCUGUAGCCUUAGCUGCAAUAAUAUAGCCCUCUCCAAUAUUUUUAACCUGGUAUUUUUCUGGAGAGCCCAGCUACAAUUCCACAGCAUCUCCGUAAUGGUGCAAACAUAUAUUUUUAAAUACGAGAGACUGUAGGCAAAAUUAAUUGUUUUAACAUUCAACAUGUUCAACUUACUUUUAAUAAGACGAAAUUUUUAUUAACUUUCAACAACCUAGCCUGCUAAAUGCGAAGACCAAGUAAAAUAAAUCUCCAUGUAUACCAGUCGCUCUCAUCAGAAGCCAUGGCAGUUCUCAACUGAUGUACUGGGACUUACUUUUGAAAUUUAGUAUAAUCUAAUAAAGCAAAUAUUAAUGUUAAUAAAUGAUUGUGCUGUAUUGUCUCACUUCACAUGGAUAACUAAAUACCAUUCUAUUCAAAAUUUUUGUAAGUAGCAAAUAUAUGCUUGAGAUAAAGGAAAUUCCUAUAUAGGUCCGCUCCCUAAGACCCCAAGCUCUCAUUGGCUGUCGGAAAGUAAAAUCUGUAAAGGUAGGUAACAU